AUGCAAAAUACCAUAGGACGCCAGCGAAUUCGAAGUAAGCUCUCCCUGCGAUCUAUCCGGCACAUUGGACCGUCGAAGAAUAAAGAUGGGCUGCCGGUCAACAGCAGUGUGUCGAAGGUGCUCAAGCACCGGGACUUGGUGGAGCAGGCAGCAAGGUCCAACGAGCGAUGGAAAGCACGUCUGCAAGGCUGCGAUGAUAGCUUUGGCGAUGUCUGGAAUGGGACUGAAUCGAUUGCCAUCAGUCACGCUGGUGGCGAAUUCACUGACCUUGCAAGAGAGGUGUUGGGAGAUUUCUGGAAAAUAAACAAUCGUGUUCGACGCGUGGAUAACCGCACUCAUCGUGAUCGUGUCCUCCGCAGAAACCAGGCAUUUACAGAGCAGAUGCCUGCGAUGAUCGACGCUUACCUUGCCUGGAGCCUGGCAAAAUCCAAGGAAGAGUUCAAGAGUUUUUUUGAGAGAUUGCGGAAUGAGGAGCUGGAGAACAACUCGGACUAUGGUGAAUGGUCAAUUAGUGUUAUUGACGUGUUCUACGCUUCGAAAGUGACUCUUCGAAUCUUACCAAUCGACGCCACCAUCUGCUCUGCAAUGGUGCGUCAAGGUGUCAUGCCCUGUUCGCCGAUAUCGCCAACUGUAGGAAUCACUACAGAAGCUCUUGACUUAUACCGUGUCGCCCAUCUUAGAAGUCCUCAUUUGUCUAUUCAAGCUUUCGUGAAAACCGUGUGCGACUUGCAUGGGGUGGAAUUUCAUAGACAUCUCUCGCGUCAAUUUUCUAUCGCGUUCGACUCGUAUCUUCAAAUUCGACGCUCUGUGGCAGCUCUCAUAGCCGAAUCGCUUCAGCGCAACUCACCUGACUGGCGCCUUAAACACGCAUGCCCUACAUGUACAUAUGAACUCACUGACGAAGAAGCACUAACGUUUAGAUUGCUAUAUUCUAUGGACGGUAACGACUCUCUAAAACGAGUCCUGCGGAGGUCUUUAGACCAUGACACUGACGACUCUCUCGCUCCCUCAUCUGAAGUUCCUACCAGCCAACAAUUCACAAGUGACCGGUACCUACCUCGUGCAUUUUCCGAAACGACAACUACUGUAGGUGACGAGGAAGAUGCAGCCGCUGAAGACUCUUGCGCAGGACGAUGGAAAAAUAUGGACGACACUAAAACAAAGAAAGCGUGGGGGAUAUACGACGAAACAGGUAUAUUCGUGGCUGUUUGCCGUCACGGAUUUGUGUUACUUGUCGCGGACAUGGUACAGAGCGGUGAACUUGCAAAGUAUCCCCUUGCUGUCGUUGCAAAGUUGCUGGACGUAUUCGGGAAACGAUUAGGGAGUGGGUAUGACAUUGCUCACUUGGACCGCUCGCUUCAACACACCUGCCUGGUUGGCGCCUUCCAUGGACAUGCUCACAGGCGCUUGUGCCAGCUGUUCUCACUCACAACGUACAUCAAGGGUCUGGGCCUCGAGGAUCUCGAAACGUGUGAACGAACAUUCUCGAAAUCGAAUUCGCUGGCAUCUGCGCUACGCUAUGCAAGUGUGUUCCAUUGGCAGCAGGCUAUCGACUGUUAUUUCGAGCACAACAACGAUUUUGAGGUCUACGCUAAUCUUUCCAAUUUUUUGUACUGCAACUACAAACAAGCACUGGACAUCUUGAACGAUGGCGACACAACUCUACCCAAGCUCAUGCAAGAUCUGGGACUCGCGGACGAGAGCAUUUUUGAGCGCUGGCUAGAGGAAGAGAAGACCUACCUCCAAGGUCUAACGCGAGAACCCGAAGAUGAGACCUUGCAGAUGGAGUAUUGGCAGAAGUUGGUAAAUUUCACCGCAAGCGAAGAGGCUCUUAAUGCUGCGAUGGAAGCCUUUCAGGUCUAUUCUCACCAUGAGGCCGUGUCAUAUGACGUUCAGAUGCGAGAUACUCGCAAAGUGGAGACUGCACGACGUCACGCUGUCGAGGACCACGAGAGGAAUUCGAAACUUGUUCAAGCACUCGAACGCAAACUCGAGAUCACAAUGCGCUGGACCCCUGAGGAUGCAGAUUGGCAGAGGGUGGGGAGGCUCGUUGCUCAUAGGAAGUACCAACGUGCAUUGGAUUGCCUCGAAGGACUUAUCGUUGCGCGCAUAUUUGAACUGACGAGGAUGAACCGGGCAGCUACAGGCUACAAGCUACGUAAACACAUCGCCAAGGCAUUACAAACACGCUCCAUCGCCAUCCGAACUGCCCUCAACACAUACAAUGCCAUCGCCGAGGCAAUGCACCCUCCCCACAAAACACUUAAGUGGGACGAGGUCGUGGAGUACGCGUUUCUAGCCGACUUUGACCUCUUACGCGACACGCGUGCAGACGUGUCGCAAUGGCCUUGGGCAUCGCCUGUUGCUCGCAGGGCGAUGGACCUGUAUUUCAAGAUGUGCCGGGCGCGGGAGGAAAUUCAACAGUUGAACGUGGAGGUACGGCGCCUAGUGACGUACAUCCAAGACGAAGAAAAAUACCUGCGGGCGUGCGAGGGUCAGUUGAAGGCUGUCAGUCCAACUCUUGCCCAUCAAGUCGCUAUACAUCGAAACCGGGUCCAUGAGAUAUCGACACUUCCUGGCUUCACCGGGACAAUAUCCCCAGGUAUAAGCACUCAUACAGAACACUUACCUUUUGAUAACAUUAGACGACCUGCAGUGGCGCCGGAUACUCCGGAUGAGUUAGAUGAGGAGGAGCAGGAAGAGGAGGUGGAAGAGGAGGCAUCCAGAAGUUUGCAGGAUGUGCUCCGUGUUGCUGAUGAUCUCUCGCGACUGGAACUUCAUGAUCAUGCCGAUGAGCAGUAG